AUGCCGGCGCGGAAAGUUGGCACCAUCACCGAGGAAGAUGGAUUCAAACGCGCAUGCCGGGCCUACGAUUACGUUCUCGACCGCACCAAGGAACUCAAGGGGGACAUCCUCGUCUUCUACUCCCCCGGAUGCGACGAUGUACACUUCAUCCCUGCAGACAAUUGGCGAGAGGUGAGGAGCCAGCUCACAUACCUCGAUUUCGGAUCCGUAUCGGCGGCGCUCGGGCGGACAAGGAGCCGGGUCGAUGGGUAUCGGGACGUAGGGACCAUCCUGCGUGCCCUGGAACGCCGAGAGCCUGCAGUCGUCGCCUAUCAUCCCCCGUAUCUCAACACCUCCGUUAGACCUACCCCGCUCAGCCGCACUCUGGCGAGGAUCAGCGCACGCAGUGCCGACCAGGUCACCUCGGCGAUCGUCGCUCCCGGAAGGGAUCAGACCAUGGCAGAUGCUUUCGCCAGCAUGUUCGGACGCCCCUCGCCUCUUGCGCCCAACGAAGAUGCCGAGAGGCCCGGUUCCCGCCAAGCGAGGCGUCGUGUGCUUCGUCGUGGCAGCCAAACCUGUUCAGACGAGUCGCACGGAAACGGGGAAAGGCGGCGUCCGCUGGUCUCCGACGAUCUCGCUCUCCGUCUCGAGGCUGUCCGUCUCGAGAUAUCACACUUCCUUCAGGAUGGGGGAGGGAAACAAGUAAGUGGGAGUCCAGAGGUGGAGAGGGAGGUGGCUGAUGAGCGGGACGCCGCAAAGAGGGAGGUGGCAGAGAGGGACGGGGCCGAGCGGGGCCAGGCAGAGACGGGCGCGGUGGAGAGGGAGGCGGCGGAGAAGGAGGCGGCAGAGAGAAGGGCUGUAAGAGCGGCGGCGGCAAUGAUGGCGGCAACGCGACGGAAUCGGCGCCCUCGAGUCGACCCCAUCCUCACCGUGGGCGAUCAUCAUCCUGGCAUUGCACCACAAGCGUCCGCUCCCGUCGUCGGUUACAGCCUGGAGCCGCCACCCAAGGCUGACAGCCCCGUCGCCCCUACCCAGUCCUCAGACUCCCCUCCAGGCGCGGACGGUCUCAACGAUCGCAAUCGAGCCUUCUUGGCAAGCAUUCCCACCGUCAAGCCAGGCUCAAUUCCUUCCCCUCCAUCUGAUACCUCGCCCGUCGUUCAAACAGCUGGCGCUACUACUGUCACGACUUACCCCAGCUCAGCUGCCAUCCAAACCCUCAUCCCGACGGCUGAGACCAGCGCGAAUCCCCUUACACGCGUCACAUCCUACGUGAAGACUGCCGCCCUCGUUACCGGCCCGGCGCCAGAGUACACCGACAAGGCUCGACACGACCACCCGGUACCGGCGGGCCGGAUCCCUUCGCUUGUUCACGCCUGGAAGCACAUCUGGCAGCCUAUCGUAUCAUCGCCCGCCCUACCCAUCGCCGCCCGGCGCACUCAGAGGACUAUAGCUCAGGUGGAAGAGACAUCGCCGGUCGGAACCCCUUCGUACUCAUCGACCGCUCAGCUCGGCAUCCAAGUCUGGACGCGCAAUGUCCACGACGCCCUCGGGAACAGAACUGGGUUCGCUCGCUAUUUACCCGAAGUCUACCCUGAGUCAGAGGAUGGAGAUGAUCCAUAA